UUCUGGCAUGGGUUUCUUCACUUCUUGAUCUGGUUGGACUUUUUUACAGCAUUUGCUUUCAAUUGAAUCAAAAAAGCAGCAGCCUCAAGAAGUUUGUUAUCCAAGAAGUUCACUUCAAUUCCUGAUCCACAUGUACAUUAUGCUUAAUCAUAGGAAGGUCCAAUAUAUCUAGCUAGAUGAACUAUAUGCCUGGACAAUUACUACAGCCAUAGAAAUCAGGAAGAUGCAGCUAGCUUCUGCUUAAUUACAUUAUGAUCAUCAUCGUCUUGUCUUCGAUCUUCCUCAUCCAAAGUGCAAACAGCUAGCGAUCCAUCCUCGCUUCUUAUAGCUAUAUGCAAUUAGCUAUAAAAAGAUCGAGAAAGACGGUGUAUGUUUGAUAUAGAUAGCUAGGGAUCGGAGCUAAACCUGAAGUGAAACCAUGACCAGAAGCUUUCGAUACCCUACACUAUUUUUGUUAACUACAUUAUCGUUUCUUUUUCUCCUCCUGAUAUUUAAACCUUUACUGACCAAAAACCAUUUCAGUAUUCCCUUUGUUUCCACCUUCACUAGUACACCUUUCAUCAAUCCAGAAAACAGCAACUACACACUACCCCCACCGCAAGUUUCUUUAGAUGGGUUUCUCACAAGCUCCAUGGAUCGAAGGAGUAGGUGUGACGUUAAUGGUACCAAAGACAAGACUAGUUUGGAGAGAAUUGAAGAAGGUUUAGCUGAAGCUCGAGCUUCAAUUCUCGAUGCAAUUCGGUUUGAAAACUAUACAUCAGAGAAAGAAGAGACUUUUAUCCCAAGAGGAAGCAUUUACAAAAACCCUUAUGCAUUUCACCAGAGCCACAUAGAGAUGAUGAAGAGGUUUAAGAUGUGGAGCUACAAGGAAGGAGAACAUCCCUUAGUGCAUUUGGGUCCGAUGAAUAGGAUAUAUGGCAUUGAAGGACAAUUCAUAGAUGAAAUAGUGAGGGAGGAGAGCCCAUUCAGGGCUACACAUCCUGAUGAGGCACACAUUUUUUCCCUUCCCUUUAGUGUAGCCAACAUUCUGCACCAAGUGUACCGGCCUGUCAUCCAAAAAGAGAACUACCUCCGUGAUCGCCUACAACGGAUUGCCAUGGACUACAUAGGUGUUGUGGCACAUAAGUACCCCUACUGGAAUAGAAGCAAUGGUGCUGACCAUUUUAUGGCUUCAUGUCAUGACUGGGGACCGCAGAUUUCACUAGGUCAAUCGGAACUCCUGAAGAACUUCAUUAGAGUACUUUGCAAUGCCAACACCUCAGAAGGGUUUGAACCUAAAAGAGACGUUUCACUACCUGAAGUUUUUGUACCUUCUGGAAAGCUUGGCCGGCCCAAUUUUGGUCAAGCCCCACACAAUCGCCGGAUUCUGGCCUUCUUUGCCGGUGGUGUUCAUAGACCGAUUCGACCUAUCUUGCUCCAUCAUUGGAAGGACAAAGAUAACGAAGUUCAAGUCCACGAGACGCUUCCCGAAGGCAUGAACUACACCGCAUUAAUGGGACAGAGCAAGUUUUGCUUGUGCGCUAGCGGUUUUGAAGUGCCAAGUGCAAGAGCUGUGGAGGCAAUUUAUGCAGGGUGUGUUCCAGUGAUAAUAUCUGACCACUACACACUACCCUUUAGCGAUGUCCUCGACUGGAGCCAAUUUUCAAUACAAAUUACCGUCGCUAAAAUACCAGAAAUCAAGACCGUCUUACAAGCGAUUCCAGAUGAGGAAUACCAAAAGAUGCAGAGAAGGGUUUUAAAAGUUCAGAGGCAUUUUGUACUCAACAGGCCGGCUAAGCCAUUUGAUGUGAUUCACAUGGUACUUCACUCAGUGUGGCUGAGACGAAUUGACUUUAAGAUUGGCUCUACUUGAUCAUGAUGAACAUCAAGUUGUGCAAAAUUUCCCCUUGUUUUGCCAUAUCCUAGUCUAAUGCCUCAGUGAUCGAUGGAAAUAUG